GCAGCAGCAACAGAGCCCACAACCGCGGCGGCGACACGAGUGACAGGCGAGUGCGCGCGCCGGCCUGGCCGAGGGGCCGCGGGGAGUCCCCGCUCGCUAGUCGCCCCGGCCCGCCCUGCCCCGCCGGCCCGCCAGCCGCGCCGUCCCCUUGUCGCCCUCCCGCCUGCUCGGGGGGCGCACCCGCCCGCCGCACCGUAGCCGGCAGUUUCCCAGAACCAUGAUCACUUGUUGGUCUUAAUCUCACAACCCAGUGAAGACUUCUCUCCUGAUAAUGUCAAGUUCAGGCUACCCUCCGAACCAGGGAGCCUUCAGCACUGACCAGAGUCGCUAUCCUGCCCACUCUGCCCAGUAUACCUUUCCAACCACUCGUCACCAGCAGGAGUUUGCAGUGCCAGAGUAUCGAUCGUCUCAUCUUGAAGUCAGUCAGGCAUCUCAACUUUUGCAGCAACAGCAGCAGCAGCAACAGCAGCAACAGCAGCAACAGCAGCAGCAGCUCCGCAGGCGACCUUCCUUGCUUUCAGAAUUUCAUCCAGGCUCUGAUAGGCCUCAAGAAAGGAGAACUGGAUACGAACAGUUUCAUCCAGGUCCUUCCCAGGUGGACCAUGAUUCCCUGGAAGCUAAGCGACCUCGGCUGGACCAGGUUUCUGACACACAUUUUCAGCGGGUCAGUGCUGCUGUCUUGCCUUUAGUACACACACUGCCAGAGGGGCUGCGGGCAUCUACAGAGGUUAAGAAGGAUCCAUCUUUUGGAAGUAAACAUGAAGCUCCAUCUUCUCCUCUUUCUGGCCAGACCUGUGGAGAUGACCAGAACGCCUCACCUUCAAAGCUUUCAAAGGAAGAGUUAAUACAAAGCAUGGAUCGGGUAGAUAGAGAAAUUGCAAAGGUAGAACAACAGAUUUUAAAACUGAAAAAGAAACAACAACAACUUGAAGAAGAAGCUGCUAAACCUCCAGAGCCAGAGAAGCCUGUGUCCCCUCCUCCUGUGGAGCAGAAACACCGCAGUAUUGUCCAAAUUAUUUAUGAUGAAAAUAGGAAAAAAGCAGAAGAAGCUCAUAAAAUUUUUGAAGGUCUUGGCCCAAAAGUUGAACUGCCACUUUACAACCAGCCAUCUGAUACCAAGGUGUACCAUGAAAACAUCAAGACAAACCAGGUGAUGAGGAAAAAACUCAUCUUAUUUUUUAAAAGAAGAAAUCAUGCAAGAAAGCAAAGGGAACAAAAAAUCUGCCAGCGUUAUGAUCAGCUCAUGGAGGCAUGGGAGAAAAAAGUGGACAGAAUAGAGAAUAAUCCCCGGAGGAAAGCUAAGGAAAGUAAAACCAGAGAAUACUAUGAAAAGCAAUUUCCAGAAAUUCGAAAGCAAAGAGAACAACAAGAGAGAUUUCAGAGGGUUGGACAGAGAGGAGCUGGUCUUUCUGCCACCAUUGCUCGAAGUGAGCAUGAGAUAUCUGAAAUCAUUGAUGGUCUCUCUGAGCAGGAGAACAAUGAAAAGCAAAUGCGUCAACUCUCUGUCAUUCCACCCAUGAUGUUUGAUGCCGAACAAAGAAGGGUGAAGUUUAUCAACAUGAAUGGUCUCAUGGAGGAUCCCAUGAAGGUUUAUAAAGACAGACAGUUCAUGAAUGUUUGGACUGACCAUGAAAAGGAGAUCUUUAAGGAAAAGUUUGUCCAGCAUCCAAAGAACUUUGGCCUUAUUGCUUCUUAUUUGGAAAGAAAGAGUGUGCCAGACUGUGUUUUAUAUUAUUAUUUGACCAAGAAAAAUGAGAAUUAUAAAGCCCUAGUCAGAAGGAAUUAUGGGAAGCGCCGAGGAAGAAACCAGCAACAAAUUGCCCGACCUUCACAAGAAGAAAAGGUAGAAGAAAAAGUUGAGGAAGAUAAAACUGAAAAGACAGAAAAAAAAGAGGAAGAAAAGAAAGAUGAAGAUGAAAAAGAUGAGAAAGAGGAAUCCAAAGAAAACACCAAAGAGAAGGAUAAGACCGAAGGCACAUCAGAAGAAACAGAGGAAAGGGAGCAAGUCACACCUCGGGGUCGAAAAACAGCCAACAGUCAAGGUCGUCGUAAGGGUCGCAUUACCAGGUCUAUGACCAAUGAAGCUGCGCAGGCGAGUGCAGCCGCAGCGGCUGCUACUGAAGAGCCACCAACUCCGUUGCCACCACCUCCCGAGCCUGCUUCUGCUGAACCUGUGGAGACUUCACGCUGGACAGAAGAAGAGAUGGAAGUUGCUAAAAAAGGCUUAGUUGAACAUGGUCGGAACUGGGCAGCAAUUGCCAAAAUGGUGGGGACUAAAAGUGAAGCCCAGUGUAAAAACUUUUACUUCAACUACAAAAGGCGUCAUAACCUGGACAACCUCCUGCAGCAGCACAAGCAGAAAUCUUCUAGAAGACCCCGUGAGGAGCGUGACGUGUCUCAGUGUGAGAGCAUUGCUUCUACUGUUUCUGCUCAGGAGGAUGAAGACAUUGAAGCUUCUAAUGAAGAAGAAAAUCCAGAAGACAGUGAAGAUGAAGGUGCUAAUAAGCCAGGUGAGGAUCCAACUGAAAAUGCCACUUCUGGGUUAGCAAACGAAGUCCCGGGAGAACUGGAGUCCACUACAGGGGGACCCAGUGCAUCACCCACACCUGCCAUUCCAAGUGCAAAGCCAGUGGCUGGACAGGAGGCUUUGGAAGCUCAGGUAAAAGAGGAAAUCAAUGAAGAUCCUGAGGAACCCAUGGAAAUUGACAGCGUGAGCCCUUCUGCUGAUGAUCAGCAAACCAAAGUUGAGCCUGUUGAUGUGGAGAUGACAGUGCUAGAUGGGCUUGAGGUGAAGGCAGAGAGUGAUGCCAAAGAAGGGGACUUGCAAAGAUCCAAGGAAAAGAUACAGCCUGUAGAGUCAAGCUUUUCUGUAGCCCAGACUUCAAGUACCCUGAGGCCUGAGUCUAGGUCUGACAAUGACUCCAGUGCUACUUGUAGUGCAGAUGAAGAUGUAGAUGGAGAGCCUCCUGAGCGGCAGAGGAUGUUUCCUGUGGAUUCAAAGCCUUCACUUUUGAACCCUACUGGAUCUGUAUUAGUCUCUUCUCCCAUAAAACCAGCUACAAUGGACUUACAACAGCUUCAUCAUCGAGCUGCUGUCAUACCACCAAUGGUCUCCUGUGCCCCUUGUAAUGUAGCUGUUGGUGCCCCUGUGAGUGGCUACGCUCUUUUUCAGAGACACAUUAAGGCCAUGCAUGAGUCGGCUCUCCUGGAGGAGCGGCAGAGGCAAGAACAGCUUGAUCCAGAUUGCCGACAUUCUGCCAGUCCAAAUGUUGAAUGGGAAGUCCUCCAGCCUGCGCCACAUCAAGUGAUUACGAGUCUCCCUGAUGCAGCACGGCUUCCAGCAACACGACCCACCAGGCCACCUCCUCCACUCAUUCCUUCUUCCAAAACCACUGUGGCUGCCGAAAAACCAUCUUUCAUUAUGGGAGGCUCAAUCUCACAGGGAACCCCGGGCACCUAUUUAACCUCUCAUUGCCAAGCUUCCUACACACCAGAACCAGCAAAGCCAUCAGUUGGGUCAAUAUCUCUUGGAUUGCCUCGACAACAGGAACCAACCAAGCCCGCUGGCUCCUUGCCCUACAUCAAACAGGAGGAAUUCUCACCCCGAGGUCAAGCCUCCCAGCCUGAGGGCUUGUUGGUCAGAGCCCAGCAUGAAGGUGUAGUCCGAGGUACGACAGCAGCGAUACAAGAAGGAAGUAUCACUCGAGGAACCCCAGCUAGCAAAGUUUCUGUCGAAAGCAUCCCCUCUCUCCGGGGUUCAAUCACUCAGGGUACUCCAGCUCUGUCCCAGUCUGGCAUACAAACAGAAACAGUGGUGAAGGGGGCAAUUUCUAGACUCUCCAUGGAAGAUAAUAGUCCUGAGAAGAGCCGAGAAGAAGCCGUCUCCAAAGGCCACGUGAUUUAUGAAGGGAAGAGUGGACACAUCUUGUCAUACGAUAAUAUUAAGAAUGCUCGAGAGGGAACCAGGAGUCCAAGAGCUGCUCAUGAAAUCAGUUUAAAAAGAAGCUAUGAUUCCAUAGAAGGAAACAUAAAACAGGGGAUGUCAGUGAGGGAGUCUCCCAUGUCAGCACCACUGGAAGGAUUGAUAUGCCGUGCUCUGCCCAGGGGGAGCCCUCAUUCUGAUCUUAAAGAGAGAACAGUUCUAUCUGGUUCUAUAAUGCAAGGUACACCAAGAGCCACAACUGAAAGCUUUGAAGACGGCCUUAAAUAUCCCAAGCAGAUUAAAAGAGAGAGUCCUCCCAUCCGAGCAUUUGAAGGAGCUAUAACAAAAGGAAAGCCCUAUGAUGGAGUCACCACCAUCAAAGAAAUGGGACGUUCAAUUCAUGAAAUUCCAAGGCAAGAUCUUUUAAGUCAGGAAAGCCGAAAAACUCCAGAAGUCAUCCAGAGUACCAGGCCCAUCAUUGAAGGUUCCAUUUCUCAGGGUACACCCAUAAAGUAUGAAAGCAGCUCUGGUCAAUCUGCUAUUAAACAUAAUGUCAAGUCCUUAAUCACAGGCCCCAGUAAACUCCCUCGUGGAUUGUCUCAGUUGGAAAUGGUUCCUGAGAACAUCAAAGUGGUUGAACGUGGAAAAUAUGAAGAUGUAAAAGCAGGAGAACCAAUCCGUUCCCGGCAUACAUCAGUUGUUAGCUCAGGGCCCUCUGUUCUAAGGUCAACACUUCAUGAACCUCCCAAAGCACAACUGAGUCCUGGGAUUUAUGACGACACCAGUGCAAGGAGAACACCUGUGAAUUAUCAGAGCACCAUGUCCAGAGGUUCCCCCAUGAUGAACAGAACUUCUGAAGCUGCUGUUUCUUCUGGGAAGUCUGCAAAUCAUGAAAGGAAGUCUACACUUACUCCUACCCAAAGAGAAAGUGGACCAUUACCGUCUAAGUCUCCAGUCCCAGGAGUGGACCCUGUCGUCACCCACAGCCCCUUUGAUCCCCACCACAGAGGCAGUGCACCGGGGGAGGUUUAUCGAAGCCACCUUCCUACACACCUGGAUCCAGCAAUGCCAUUUCACAGGGCACUGGACCCUGCAGCUGCUGCAUACCUAUUCCAGAGACAACUUUCCCCAACACCAGGUUACCCAAGUCAAUAUCAGCUUUAUGCGAUGGAAAACACAAGGCAGACAAUUCUAAAUGAUUAUAUUACCUCACAACAGAUGCAAGUUAAUUUGCGCCCUGAUGUAGCCAGAGGACUCUCCCCACGAGAGCAACAAUUAGGUCUCCCAUAUCCUGCCACUAGAGGAAUCAUUGACUUGACCAAUAUGCCUCCCACCAUCUUGGUGCCUCAUCCUGGGGGAACAAGUACUCCUCCAAUGGAGAGAAUCACUUACAUACCAAGUACCCAGCUGACCUUCCCUCCUAGACCUUACAACCCUGCUUCAAUGUCUCCAGGCCACCCUUCACAUCUGGCUGCAUCUGCUGCUAGGGAGAGGGAGAGAGAGAGGGAGCGUGAACGUGAGCGGGAGAGAGAACGAAUGGCUACUGUCUCUUCAGAAUUAUACCUUCGUCCAGGUUCUGAGCAGCCUGGAAGACCUGGCAGCCACGGCUACGUCCGCUCCCCUUCCCCCUCCGUGAGGACACAAGAAAAUAUUCUACAGCAAAGAUCCACGAUUUUCCAAGGACCCAAUGGAACCAGCGUCAUCACCCCCUUGGAUCCUGCUGCCCAGCUGCGCAUCAUGCAGCUGCCCCCUGGCGGGCCUUCCCUAACUCCAGGCUUACCUGCCUCCCGCUACAACACUGCUGCAGAUGCCUUGGCUGCCCUGGUCGAUGCAGCUGCUUCUGCCCCUCAGAUGGAAGUGACCAAAGCAAAGGAGAGCAAGCACGAAGCAUCCAGGCUGGAGGAGAACUUGAGGGGCAGGUCAGCAAUGGUUAGUGAGCAGCAGCAGCCGUCGCCACUGGAGCAGAAAACCCUGGAGGGGGACAAGAGGUCUGCCCAGUGCCCGUACACCUCCUCGGCUUUCCCAAGCGGCAAGCCCCAGGGCCAGUCCUCUUCCAUCGUCUAUUCAGAGGCUGGGAAGGAGAAAGUGCCCCCUCCUAAAUCUCGCUAUGAGGAGGAGCUCAGGACACUGGGGAAGACCACCAUCACCGCAGCCAACUUCAUUGACGUCAUCAUCACCAGGCAAAUUGCCUCAGACAAGGACGCACGAGAACGCGGCUCUCAGAGCUCCGACUCUUCUAGUAGUUUGUCAUCUCAUCGAUAUGAACCACCUGGAGAUGCUAUUGAGGUGAUAAGCCCUGCCAGUUCACCAGCACCACCCCAGGAAAAACUGCAGGCCUACCCGCAGGAGGCUGCUAAGACGACCCCAGCAGAAAGUGAUCCCAGUAGACAGUACGAUGGAUCGCUGCCUCGAUAUCGAUCCCAACAGGAGUCUCCAUCUCCACAGCCACAACUGCCGCCGCCACCACCUUCUUCCCAAGCAGAAGGAAUGGGACAGGUUCCCCGGACCCAUCGCCUCAUCACCCUCGCCGACCAUAUCUGUCAAAUUAUUACACAAGAUUUUGCUAGAAACCAAGUUGCCUCGCAGGCUUCCCAGCAGCCUCCCACUUCUACAUUCCAGAAUUCAGCAUCUCCUUUAGUAUCUACUCCUGGGAGGGCAAAAACAUCGAGCCGUUACAGUCCAGAAACCCAGCCUCAGGCUGUUCUUCAUCCUCGGCCUGGCUCCAGGGUGUCUCCUGAGAAUCUCUCUGAUAAAUCCCGGACAAGGCCUGGGAAAUCUCCAGAAAGAAGUCAUGUCUCUUCAGAGCCCUACGAGCCAAUCUCCCCACCUCAGGUUCCAGUCAUCCAUGAGAAGCAGGACAACAUCCUGCUUCUCUCUCAGAGUGCCGUGCCUGCGGAACAGAGGAAUGAUUCCCGCUCACCAGGAAGCAUAAGCUAUCUGCCUUCCUUCUUCACCAAGCUGGAAAACACUUCACCCAUGGUGAAAUCAAAGAAGCAGGAAAUUUUUCGUAAGUUGAACUCCUCUGGUGGAGGUGACUCUGACAUGGCAGCUGCUCAGCCAGGAACUGAAAUCUUUAAUCUGCCAGCAGUCACUACCUCAGGCUCAAUCAGUUCUAGAGGUCAUUCUUUUGCGGAUCCUGCCAGUAAUCUGGGUCUAGAAGACAUAAUAAGGAAGGCACUCAUGGGAAAUUUUGAUGACAAAGGAGAAGAUCAUGGAGUUGUUUUGGCACAACCUCUGGGAGUAGUAUCAGGUGGUUCAAACCCAUCCAUCUUGGGCAAUAGUGAAACACGAAGAGAAGAAACAAACCCAUCACCUAAUUCUGGUGGGGGAGUUGGCAAACCGAAGCUAAUUGGCAAGUCAAAUAGUAGGAAGUCUAAAUCUCCUAUUCCUGGGCAGGGCUACUUAGGAACGGAAAGACCUUCUUCAGUUUCAUCUGUCCAUUCAGAAGGAGAUUAUCACAGGCAGACACCUGUGUGGGCUUGGGAAGAUAGGCCUUCUUCAACAGGUUCGACGCAGUUCCCUUUCAACCCUUUGACGAUGCGGAUGCUCAGCAGUACCCCGCCCACAUCGAUGGCAUGUGCCCCCUCUUCCGUGAGCCAAGCAGCCACUCACCCCCCCAACAGGCUAUGGGAGCGCGAGCCCGCCCCACUGCUCUCUUCACAAUAUGAGACGUUGUCAGACAGUGAUGAAUGAGCUAUGCACAGAUUGACGCUGGGGGGCAGGGGCUUGUGUUUUGGGUGUUUUUUUUCUCCCUCAAAUUUUGGGUCUAAAAAACUCUGACUUGUGCCCAAAGAGACUUUCCAGGAGAGCCAGGGCCACACAUGGUGAAGAAAUGAUGGAAUCUCAUUUGGAGUCCAGUAAAGAAAUGACUUGAGACAACCUGUCAAGAAGAUUUUAAUAUUGGAGGGUGGAAAUCCUGAAGAUAAAUAUGUAAAGAGUUUUUAAAAAGUGGACAUUUCCUGUUCUACAUCUAUUUGUAAAGAAAAGCAUAAUGUCUUUAAAUCAUUCUUCUGUAAAUAGAGAUUACCUUUUUGCAGUGUUUUCCCCUCGCUAUAAUCUGGUGUACUUACUUAUGUUCCAAUUAGCGCAUCAACUGUGGGGGUCAUUGUGUGAUUUUUUUUUUUUAAAGCAACUUACGUGUGACUUGGGAACCCUUGCCUUCCCAGCGACCUCACGCAGCCUCAUCACAUACAUUGGCCGUCACGGGCAUUGUAUUUUAACGAUGAUUUCUGUUUCUCCUACUUACAUUUUCCUAGUGAUGUUUAAAAUCUUUGUGAAAAUGUUUUGCUCUUCAGAUGGACCCUGUGACAGGAUCUGUUCAUGCAUAUAUUUGGGCCUGGAGCCAGCAGGAGAGAACAUAUUUUCUUCAUUCUAAAAAGAAUUCUUUCUGCCACACUGUAAAUUUUUAGUGCGGUCUUUUAUUUUUAAUAUUUUUUUUUAACGAGCACUGCAGCAAUAUUAUUUUAUGGAGGUAUGAUUCUGUUUGAAGAGGAAGAAGCACACUGGUGACUUCAUCACGACCCCAGGUAGUUUUCUUUGCUGCCUCUGAUGCAGGCCAAAAAGACUACUUCCAUUUGGCUCCCAUCUCCAUGGCUGUAGCAGGCCACAGGGGAAAUAAGGCUGAAGGGUCUCCGGUUCCAAGGGAAGUUUUUCACUUUCCCUUGGUGCGUGGGCUUUUUUUUUUCCUUUCUAAGUUUUGUAGAGCCAUAAAGUUACUUAGCAAGCCUCAAGCUAUUCUAGAUUUUGUGCUCUACAGUAUUGCACACUGUGUGAUUCACUGUUUAAUUUUAACACUCUUCUAGUUCUUUCCAUAAACUAGUAUUUCUCCCCGUUUCGCAGUUUGGAGGCCAAACUUAAUGUUAACCUCCUAAGAGCACUGGCUGAUUGAGCUAGUUUUAAAUUGGAUUCCAAGACUGCCUUUCUAAUAUCAUUCAUCACUGUCUGCCAGGUUUGAGGUGUGGCAGGCAACAAUCUACCCCCACUUUCCCUUUGCAUCUAGGCAUUGUUUGGAGACAUGCCUUGGUUUGGCUUUAAAAUGGUUAAAUGGACAAGGUCUAGAAAGAAGGGAAGUUCAGGUACAAUUAAAAAUUUGCUCAGAUUAGCAGACGUUGAACCCUCAAAAGAGUAUUCACUGUAACGGCCUUUGUGUACACUUUAGAGAAACUUUGGCCACUCUUGAGAUUUAUUAAAAGAAAUUCCGAAGGAGUUCUAAUAUUUCCUUUCUGAUACUUGAAAGGAUUUCUGUGUUAGCCUGGUUCUGUGAUUACCUCAGAUUUUAUAAUGGAAUGUUUUCAUUUAAUUAUCUGUUCAGUUUUAGCCAUGGGAAAUUUCUAGAAUCUGAAUGAUUUUACCGAUUCAUGUUGUCAGCACACAGGCAGCAACUGUUACAAGGAUAUUUUUCUAGGUGCUUGAAAAAUCCAAGCUUCCCCUCUUUUCCCCCAAAUCAAGAUGUAAAAAAAAAAUUUUUUUUUUAAUUUGACAAGUCAAAAUGAUGAAUUACUUUUCAGAUUUAAAAUUGUGGACCCACAAUGCUGUGCCACACUCACUAUAUUUAUUUUCCUUCCCACCUCACUCCCAGAAAAGCCAAAACCCCCAUAUAACUUAUUUACAAUUUGAAAUACUGUUCUGUUUGAUCUCCAAGAGAAGGUCAUUUUGUGUUUGUACAAUUAGAUAGAGCCUCAAGGAGUUCUUGAUGACCUCCACUCAUUCAUUCCAACUCACACCUGAACACAUCCCUUGAAAGAUCCUCUAACAGGUGGCUCAACCGCAGGGCAGGGGAACCCACCUGUAGGCAACUCUUUACUCAUUAGGAAAAGAUUUCUCUCCCUCACCAUAUCAAGUCUAAAUCUGCUCUCAGCAACUUCUGCCCAUUUCUCUGUCUUCUGGUAUCAAACAGGGCAUGUCUAAUCGCUCUUCCCCACGAUGGUCAUUCAGUUUCUACUUCUCUAACAAGGUAGUCUAAAUGACUUUAUUUAUGGAGCAACCACAGAGUUUUCACUCCUUUAGAGUGAGAAUUUUGGCCAUUAGUAGCCCUGGUGGUUUCUGUAAGAAAAUGACAGAAGUCUCGGUCCUUCCCCCAAAGGAAGCUGCCUUUGCCCUCGGACUUUCUGGCCUCCUCAAGUCCUAUUCUUGGUGUUUAACCUUGAAGCAGUCCCCCUCAUCUGACUCCAGCAUCCAGGGCCCACGUUGAAACUGGUUCUAAUUCAAGUAGCCUUACGGAGUUGGUUCUGUCUUCCAAUUAAUUUUACAAAGGCAGUUUGACAACAUUUUCAGUGCUCAAUUAUGAUCCAUGCUUUCACAAUGUUUUCAUCUUGGUAUGUUCGCUGAUUCUGAUUUGAAAACAUUUAAGACUUGAAAACCCAUGUGUAAUGACGAAAUUUAAUUUCUUCCCUUCCCCACAUCCCCUCCCCCAACACAAUGUCUUUAGUAGUCAGUGACUUCUGCAUUCAGACCAAUCAAUAAAAGGGCAUCAGCUAGCUCUCCA